UUGGAAGAUGCAUAUAUUCGGAAAAUCAGACCACAUCGCUCACUCAAACGUUAUUCCACUUCUAAUAAUGAUCAGCUGUCUUCCAUCAUUAGUCGUCAUGUCAAACAAGGUUAUUUAUUUAGUCGUAUUACUGUGGGAAAACCUUCUCGCUAUUCUUGGGUUAGACGAUGGUUUUUCUUAAAGGAUGGAUGGUUUGGUCAAUGUACAAUAUCUACUGUUAAUAAAUCAAGGGGUACAAUCACUAUCAACGAUCGAAUUCCUAUCGAUGCCUCUUGUGAAUGUCGGAUCUUUAUUGAUAUUGAUAGACGAUUUUGCUUCCAAGUCAAUGGGUCAAGCACCUCUUUCUUCUUACAAGCUGAAACGGAACUAGAUAUGCAGCAAUGGUUAUGGGCUAUCGAAAGGGCAAAGGAUUUUUAUGGAAAGGAUCAACAUCUCAACAAAUCUUCUACUGACAUCAUUCCUCGUGCUUUGUUAUCUCCAAAAGCAAAUACAUCUAUUCGAAAACCAUUGGAUGAUAAAUCACAUAUUUUAAUCACUUUAUCAUCUUCACCGCCAUUGAUACCCCCAAUAACUGGCCCACCUGCAACUAUCACUUCAAGCCCGCAAGCAACGGAUUAUUUAGCAAAUGAUGUCUCCACUAUAUCGGCAAUCAUUACUUUGAUGCUUAAGGAAGGAUCAAGCUUCAUCAACUCGACUGCAACGGAUGAAUGGAUUUUGAAAUCAAGUAAUAGCCAGGAACCUGAUGCAUUGGUUAUAUGGCCCAACAAGAUGGAAUUAGAAGCUCCCAAAGUAACUUUGAAUAAUUAUUCUGAUGAUUUGAUCGCUGGACAACGUGAAUUACGACGAUACUUCGAAAAUGUGCCAAAAAGGGAAACUGUACUUGAUAAUCAGAAAUAUCAGAAUAAGAACAAUAGCUUCAACGAUGGAAAGGGAUAUACAGGAACUGUUUAUGUGACUCAAACAAAGUUAUGGUUUUAUAGUUGUCGAAUGAUGACUUGUGUCAACGCUAUUGUUAUACCCUUUAACAGCAUUAAGACAAUCCGUUUGGAAAAGGUAUUAUCAGCAAAUUCUCAAGGCAAAUUGAUGUAUAUUGAAACCAAACAAAACCCAUCAAGCGUCUUUUGUUUUGGACUUUGGUUGAAUGCUGCUGAAUUGAUUGCAGAAAGAAUCCGUGUAGCCACUGAAAAUGCAAAGCGAACAGAGAAAUUGGAUGAUCAAACCUUAUUCGACAUUUUACGUUGCACGACUAUUGGAAAACUUAAAGCAAAAACACCCACCAGCCACGUCACUACCAUUAGUGCAUCCAAUGCUGCGGUAACACCACUCACUGUACAAGCACAAUCACGACUGACAUCGGAGCAACAAGCAAUAGUUGGUUAUGCAAGUGGUAGUGAAGAGUCGAAAUCCCAAUCCUCAUCAUCGGCCUCCUCUUCAUUAUCUGAUAAUAGUGCAAAAUCAAUGAUCAGUGCAACACCUACACCAGACGAGACAACUGAUGACAACUUGUUGGAUCAAAAGAAACAACAACAGCUUGACAACAUGGCAGCAACAAUACCAUCAUCAUCAGCAAUACAAAUCCCUGAAGGUCCUGUUGGUUGCAAUUGUGAUGAUCAUUUAGAAAAAGUGGAAAUCGAUGUUGAAGUACCGGCAAAUGUUCGCACAAUAUAUGAAUUCUUGGUUAGUACAAGAUGUUGGGAACAAUUAAACAAGGCAAAAGGGAACUCUGUUCCAAAUGCUUCAAAUUGGGAACAAACAAAAACCGGAACAAAUGAAAGGACAUUGAACUAUACCAUGCCAAAUCCAAUGUCUAAAACAAAGGAUGCCGAUGUGAUUGAAACUCAAGAAAUAUUACAGCAACAACAUGGAUCAUGUUAUGUUAUGAUGAUCACGACCAAAACUCCUACAUUACCAUAUGCGGAUGCAUUUAUUCCAAUGAUCAAACUCUGUAUCACUUUUACUAGUAUCAAUUCCUGUCGACUUGUGUGUAGCUUUGGUGUCAAAUGGUUGAAGAGCAUCAUGAUGAAAGGGAUGGUGAACCGUGCAGCAGUAAAAGGAAUGUCUGAAACAAUUACUUCAUUGAUCCCCAUUGUUGAACAAGAAGCAUCGGCAUUACAAGGAAAAGCAAACGUCAGCGGUAGUGCAAAUAAACAACAAAUGACACAAAAAGAGAGAUUGACUGGAAUCCAGGAAGAAGAUCAAGUGGCGGCGAAGCAACAAUCACCUUUAACAACAGCAAUUCAUGGUGACACAAGACAGAAAGGAAAGUUAGCUACAUCGAACAUUCUUUAUCGUGAUACCCUACUCAGCCCCCGCUGGCUUGCUGGUUUUAUGGGAGUGGCGCUGCUUUUUUUACUCGUCAACAUCACGUGGUUUACUGGAAGAACCAGAUCAUUGUCAACAACCAAUUCUAUGGGCAAUAUAUCAUGGCGUGCAGUACAUCUUACAGAUCUUGAACCUUUAGUGAAUGGAAAAGAUACUGAAAUCAAUCGAUAUAAUUCUAGGUAA